AUGAGAGUUAGGAACAGUACCUACUGUUCCUUGGGUUACCACAGGGUUACGCGUAUUCCUUCCCCAUACUUCCACCGUCUUCCUUUAUCUGUUCCGAUUUCCACCGUCUUCCUUUUAUCAUCUUCAUCAGGUCGAUGGUUCUUCUACUUCAUGCAGCCGUCUGGCUGCACGACCGCGACCGUGCCUCCAUUUGAUCGUGUUAUUCUUUCCAGUACCUUCAAUUACCCUUUUGUUCUCAGUUCAUUCCUGCAAGUUGUGUUCGUUCUACCGACUCCCGUUCUCCAUCGGCCUCCAAAAGCCCUAAAUCAAGAAAUUGUGAUCUACAUAGAUCCGGAAUAUCUCCUGUUUCCAAAUCUGAGUCUCCGAAUUCAUCUGCAUGAACAUCAACUAUCUCUGAUUCCAAGUUGA